GCCGACUUUUCAAUAAAGUCAGCCGUACGCAGGUGACUAGAUUACGUUUUAAUCCUAUUUCUUUUCCGUAAACCAAUUACGAUUGGACGUAGUAUACGAUUGAUUACUCAGACUGCAUUCGAUUUAUUUCCGGAGUAAAAAUUGCACAUCCAGUAUUCUAUAAAACACGGAUUACUAGAUUCAAGUCGACUAAACGAUUAACAAGUCGUCUAUUGCGAUAAUUAAUUGACAGUUAAUUGUGUAUUAUAAUAGUGGUGUUUGAAGGAUUUGAAGACAUUGCUUUCAAAACAAAGGAAACAACAAUUGUUGUAAAAAUGGACAUUCUCUUGGGACCAAAUGUAAAGCAAAUGGAAGCAAUCAAGAAUGAGUUGGGAGAGGAUGAGGACCGCUUCGAAAAUAAUCGGAAAUUGCUGCAGAAAUGGAUUUCCUGUCAGCCCCAUUUACCACAAAAUUAUGACCCAGGAAUGCUUCGUGUAUUUUUAAGAGGAUGCAAACAUAACCUAGAAAGAGCUAAGAAGAAAAUCGAAGCUUAUUUUGUUGCACGUCUUACAAUUCCUGAAUUUUAUGCUUGCAGGAAUCCUACGGUUGAAGAACUCGAAAAUGCCUUCCAGUGUGUGCAUAUCCUUCCACUGUCAAAAUUAACCAAUGAAGGUCAUCGUGUGACUAUACUAAAGUUAGCUUCAACUGAUCCAUCCGAUUUUGAUAUAAAAACCAUCUUGAGGCUGUUGUUUAUGAUAGCUGACAUAAGGACUGCAGAGGAACAACCGAUUGCAGGCGAUGUCUUUAUUUAUGACACUUCAGGACUAACUGCAGAACACUGUGUUAGAUUUAUUUCACCAUUAGUGAAAAAGGCUGUCAUGUUAGCUCACAAUAUAUACCCCCAACGACUACACAAAGUGCACAUUGUGAAUGCCUCCCCCUUAGGAGAACGUCUGCUUCAAUUUACCAAAAGUUUGUUGAAGGAGAAACUUAGAAACAGGUUUAUUGUCCACAAGACACCGGACACCUUGUUAGAAUAUGUUCCCAAGGAUGUGCUUCCGGUUGAAUAUUGUGGUACGGAAGGAAGUUUAAACGAAUUGAUAUCCACUUGGACCAAAUGUAUACUUGCCCAUGCCGAAUGGUUUCAGACACAAGAGAAUGUGAAAGCUUCAACAACAAUUCCUAGUAGUGUAAUUCACGCAUGUGGACUCGAAGACGGCCUUGGAAUCCAAGGAAGUUUUAGGCAACUUGCGAUUGAUUGAUUUGUUAUUAUUUAUGUAAUACAUGAGCAUUUUUUGUUUGGAAAUGUUUAGAUACCCAGUACAAAAAUAUAUUUUUAUAAAUAAUAAUAA